AUGGCAACCGUAUCUCUAUCUCCAUCGCCGGCUCCCAUUGCGGCCAUGUCCUCGCGGCGAGUCCCUCUCUCCAACAACCCAAAUGUCGUCAAUUCGCCGCUUCGUGGAGCUUCUGCUCUAGCUGCCUAUGCCAAGCAGAAACGCUCGUAUGCUACCAUUCAACGUGAGGAGCCUUAUGGACAAGCUCCUCCCGUCAAGAAGCAAGCUCUUGACAAUGGUGCCGCACGCGUUAUUCGCUCUCCCUCCAAGCUGCCACGCGCCCAGACCGUACCCCGUGCCACCACUGCUGCCACCGCACGUCCAGUCAUCCGUGAUCGACAAGCCAGGCCUGUUCCCACAACCAAGGCACACGAUGUCGAGAACGAAAAGGAAGUAUGGAAGAGACACCACCGGUCCAAGUUCCCCAAAAUGGUAUUUUACUUUGAAAGCAUCCCGGAUGAUAUUCGAGCCAAGCUCAUCAAGAGAGUCACAUAUCUCGGUGCUCGCCAAGAGCCCUUCUUCUCCAUCGAUGUGACACACGUGGUUACGACACGCUCGAUCCCUGCCGAAAAAUCUGGGACGGAAGAAGCCGACGCUGUACAUCAUGACCAAGGUGGCCGUGCUGAGGAGCAGCCUCAAACCAUCAAUCCUUCUCUAUUGCUGGAUAGACCCAGCGAUGCCCGCAGAAAGCUUCUCUUCGAAUUCCGCCAAGCACCUAUGCCUUCACUACAGCAAGAUGAACUCAUCAAGCGCAGUCGAGCUGUCCGCAAUAACGACGUCCUACACAAAGCUAGGGACAUGGGGAAGAAAAUCUGGUCACUGGAAAAGUUCCAGACGAUGCUCUCCGUCCUGCUGGAAUCAGAAACACAGCAAGCUGCGUAUGGAUCACGCGUUGCCACUGUCCGAAGUCAGUAUGGACUCAACAAGGGCGCCCAUGAACCCAAUCUGUUGCAGCUGCUUCACAACGAACGCAUCAAUGGCCCCUCGGACCGUGAUCCCACUGCUGUGAACAGAGAACUCACAUAUUUCAAAGGCCCUUACUUGUACGUUUGGGACAUGGACGAAAAGCAGAAGCCAAUGAUGGUUCGCGAAUAUGGCAAGGUUAUUAACAAGGCCGAUGGUGACUGGCCCCAGUUUCGCAGUGUCGGUAACGGUCGCUGUCCCUUCGUUGAAGAGCUUGACCUACCUGAUCGAGACGCCCGCAAGAACCGUGAGCUUGAAAGGGCGCGUGUUGUUAAACGGGAAGAGCAAGUCACUAUACUGAAGCCCCCAGAGAACCCCCUACCCAAGCCGGUAACGGGGAAACGAUCUCUUGCUGAGAUGGAAGCUGGUCAUAAUAGACAACGUGGCGCUGCCAAAACAGGAAAUUUCAACCCUGUCAAGGCUGUUCUUGGUAAGUACGGUGAGAUGCGUCCGCAAAAUGCUUUCAUUAGCCGUGCCGAUGCCGGACGUCAAUUCGCUGGCGAACCCGUUGCCUCGGGCAUGCAACCUUCCAACAUCACAUCCGCCAUUCGGUCGAAUAUGAUUUCUUCAACCUCUGGCAUCAACGGAGCCAAGGCUGGUACCAGCAAGGCAGUUCAUGGUCUGCAAAGAAAGGUUCUUCAAAAAGCUGCUCCGGCAUCCUACGAUUUAAGCUCCCGGCACGUGGGUGAAAUUACCAUGGACGUCGCAUCUAGCAGAUCAACGACCAUGAGCCGACAAAACUCAAAGCUCACGGCGACUGCAGAGGACGACAGCCAAAGAACUGCCGAGACCCGGGAGAGGAAACCAGCCUCGCAGCUCAAGAGCAAGAAGGACCUCAAGCCUGGCUACUGUGAGAACUGCCAGGACAAGUUCCGAGACUUUGAUGAACACAUUCUGUCGCGCAAGCAUCGCAAAUUUGCCGAAAACGGCGACAACUGGACUGAUCUAGAUGCUUUGUUGUCGCAGCUGGAGCGUCCGGCCCGAUUUGCAUCCAUGGAUUCCGAAGAGUAUUAA